AUGGGUAAUCGAGUUUAUUAUCAUAUUUACAGCGAUACAUCUCCAUCAAAUAUUGCAUCAUUAGUGUUCACGAAAGCAGGUGAUUAUGUGCGAAGAUUUUUUCCUCAACAACGUUUGUUCGAACCAACAAUGGUCAUCACAGGCACUUGGUAUCGUGUAGGAGCUUACGAUCGUCAAACAGAUCGAUUAAAUACAUUUCAAAUUGUAUUAGCUACUGAUAGUGAUCGAAGUUUUGUUUUUCUCCUUUAUCAUGAUUUACAAUGGGCCGGACCUGCAUAUACCACUGCACCAUACGCUCAAGCAGGUUUCAAUGCCGGUGAUGGUAUUGCUUUCGAAAUGCUUCCGUAUUCGCGUACCAAGGACAUAGUGCGCCUGGUGAAUGAAAGCAAUGUUAAUGUACCUGGUCUAUUUGUUUUCCGUGUAGACACAGACGAGAUUGAUGCUGGUGGCUGUAGCAUUAAUGUAUCUGUUGUUACUCUGCGCCCGCGCAUCAGCUCACAACUAGGGUCUACGGCACUGAAUAUUCAAGGACCAUGCUUCAGCAAUUUGACCACACUCAGAUGUCGGUUUGGUUCAUCAUCAGAAACCGUCGAGGGUAUUGUAAUUGAUACAUUUCGCGCCAUAUGUUUGACACCCCUUGCUCCCGUACAUGGACCAAUACCAGUGAGUUUAUCGAUUGACAACGGUGUUUCAUACAUGCCAGUUAGUGUUUUUACAUAUGCGCCAUUGCAAUUUGGUUCGGACGAUGUCAUAAUUGACACAGGCAACCAAGAUAAUCUACUCAAUGUUUUACAAUAUAUCGAUCUUACGUGGCGUUUUUCUGAAUUGUCACGAAAUACGUUUCCCAAUGGGACUACAAUCGAAAUAGAACUAGUCGAAGUAAGCCUUAGCAAUCGUUCUCAAUUACAACAGAAGAAUUUACCAAUGAUACUCGCUCGAGACUUGGCUUUCAAUGUUACUUCAUUUCGCCUUCUUUUGCCAGAAAGUAUUGCCAAUGUUACAACAUGUUUCAUCCGUGUUGUAGCUCGUUUUGAAGCUAAAAUAUAUGCUGGAUUGAAUACAGGCCUGUUGACUGUACGUAGUCCUACGUCAUUUGCAUCUGAAUCCUGCGUCGAAUGGUCUCGUCAACAGCCUGAACCAUCUGCCUGGAAUGGUGGUAUUCUCCCUUGCCCAAUGACACGAACACAAGCCAUUGCAGCUGGUCGCUGUUGUUAUGAAUCUGACAGUCAAUGUUAUCGAAGUAAUCCAAAUUCAAACAAUUGUUGGCUUCAUCAAGCUCGUUCUGGACAUAAUGAAAACUCGGCUGUUGAAUGUUAUGUAUCGAAAAGUUCAAAUAUUCAUGGUGCUGGAGCUGAAUGUUGUUAUGAUUUUGAAGGACAAUUAAUUACGCGCGGUACUGGAGCAGGCACGGAUGAUCGAUAUCGAUCUUUCGUAUUACCAGUACAACAUUUUUUUGAAGAUACAUUACCGUAUCUACAAUGUUGUAUGAUAAGUACCGAUGUUGAAAUGUGUAAUAUAUACAUGUAUUAUCGACCACCACGACGAGGCAGUAAUACAAUGGGUCAAAGUGGUGGAACAUGGGGUGAUCCUCAUUUUAUUACACUAGAUGGAACAUCUUAUACAUUUAACGGCUAUGGAGAGUAUACCUAUUUGGCGAUUAGUAAUGAUCAAUUGCCACCCGGAGCAUUUCAAUCUUCGAAUCGAGCUCAUGUAUUUAUGUCACAGAUUCGUACUAUGCCACUUGAAUCAAACGAUGUUACUGUUACAAGAGGUUUUGCAGCUCGAUCAUCAGAUCCUGAAAGUCAACCAAUAAGUAUAACUGUUUCUCGUCGUGAAAAUCUUAUUAUGCGUCGUGGUAAUGAGCUUCUCGAGUUCGAAGACAAUAUUCAUAUGCUAUUUUUUCCCGAAAUGACCAUCGAACGAAAUCCAAUUGAUAGUACUAUCCUCACAUUGUCGUGGACAAUAGGUGUGACUGUUCAAAUAAAACUAGUUGAAACGACAUCACCAUCGGUAGCACUCGUACUCAAUGUAGCGGCUUCUGUAGCUGAUACAUUUCGUGAACGAACAUAUGGUCUGUUGGGUAUCUAUGAUAAUGAACCUAAUAAUGAUCUACGAGCUCAGAAUGGAAUAGUAGUGAAUUCUAAUGCUUUGCUCGAACAAAUUCACCGACAAUUCGGUGUUACUUGGGCUAUUGAUCCUGAUACCUCUUUAUUUUACUAUGAGUCAGGUCAAUCAGCCGAAUUUUUCGAAAAUCAGAAUAGAUUAUUUGUUCCAUCUUUCACCGAACCUAUCAAUACAGCAGCAGAAGAUGCAUCUUUUCGACGCACAUGCAAAAUUGAUGCGAAUUCUUCACCAUCAUCAUGGAAUACUGCUCAACGAACAUGUUACUAUGAUAUGUCAAUAACAAGAGAUGAAACAUUUGCACAAACAUCUUUUGAUGCUGGUGAUGAAAUUUUAGCUAUCAAAGCUGACCUACGAAAUCCACCUCUCUUUAAUGUUGAACUUCCUGUUUCCAUGAAAUCGAAAGAUGGUGAACAAAUUCAUCUGAUAAUAGACGCUACAAGUAAUUAUUCCAUGAGCGUUAUCGUUCUGUCCGCUGAUCAUUUGCCUCGUGAUGCUACAUUUAACACACAAACAAAAGUAUUUCAGUGGACAGCUAUUGAAGGUGAAGACUAUGUUCGAAUUCGAGCGAAGGAUUCAACGUACAAUUUAACAUCAACACACGACAUCGUCUUUCAAGUGAAACAAGCUGAUGAAAGUAGUGGCAUUCAGUCUGAAAUGCAAAGUUCACUCUUUUUCCUUGCUAUACUGUUUUGUAUGCUUUUUAAAUAA